AUGGGGCGUUUCAGGAGGAUGCAGUCAUCUGAGCGUGAGGGGUGUGGGCCCGAGGCCAGCCCCAGCGUGAUGCCCGAGGCUCCUCUGGAGUCUCCACCUGCCCCUGCCAAGUCCCCUGCCAAGUCCCCGACGUUUGAUCUUUUCAACUUGGUUCUGUCCUACAAGAGGCUGGAGAUCUACCUGGAACCCCUGAAGGACGCAGGUGAUGGUGUCCGGUACUUGCUCAGGUGGCAGACGCCUUUGUGUUCCUUGCUGACUUGCCUGGGCCUCAACGUCUUGUUCCUCACCUUGAAUGAGGGUGCGUGGUACUCGGUGGGUGCUCUGGUGAUUUCAGUGCCCGCCCUUCUGGGCUACCUGCAGGAGGUCUGCCGGGCACGGCUGCCCGAGUCGGAGCUCAUGCGGAGGAAGUAUCACAGCGUGAGGCAGGAGGACCUGCAGAGAGUGCGCCUGUCCCGCCCCGAGGCUGUGGCUGAGGUGAAGUGCUUCCUGAUCCAGCUGGAGGCCUUCCUGCGCCGCCUGUGCUGCACCUGUGAGGCUGCCUACCGCGUGCUGCGCUGGGAGAACCCCACCGUGUCCUCACAGUUCUAUGGAGCUCUUCUGGCCACAGUUUGCAUGCUGUAUCUGCUGCCGCUGUGCUGGGUCCUUGCCCUUUUAAACAGCACACUCUUUCUAGGGAACGUGGAAUUCUUCCGAGUGGUGUCUGAGUACAGGGCGUGUCUGCAGCGGCGGAUGAAGACCAGCCAGGAAGAGGGUACCUUCCAGAGCCCACCGUCCCCGGAAGCUGGAGGGAAGGGGGUUCUGCCAGUCUGCACGCCUGCACCCACACCCACGGAGGACCUCACGCCAGGCAGUGUGGAGGAGGCCGAGGAGGCCGAGCCUGAUGAGGAAUUUAAAGAUGCAAUUGAGGAGGAGGAGGAGGGUGCCCCGAUCCCGGUAGAGGAUGAGCUGGCCCUGCACGAUAACGGGUUCCUGAGCAAGAACGAAGUGCUGCGCAGCAAGGUGUCGCGGCUCACAGAGCGGCUCCGCAAGCGGUACCCCACCAACAACUUCGGGAGCUGUACAGGAUGCUCGGCCACCUUCUCAGUGCUGAAGAAGAGGCGGAGCUGCAGUAACUGUGGAAAUAGCUUCUGCUCCCGGUGCUGCUCCUUCAAGGUGCCCAAGUCUUCCAUGGGGGCCACAGCCCCUGAAGCCCAGAGAGAGACGGUGUUUGUGUGUGCCUCAUGUAACCAGACCUUGAACAAGUGA